AUGCCAAAUAAUCAGAGCUAUCAGAUAACCAAGGAAAGAGUAUAUGGCAGUCUGGAUAUAAAAAUGUCAUCCAGCAGUAUUGAAAUCACAAGAUUGUAUAUUUCAAAUUUGAACUUUUCCACCACAGAAGCAGAACUGUCCGACUAUUUAAGACAGUAUAGUGUCGUUUCCGUGCUGAUUCCAAGCCAAACGAUCCGCGGGUUUCGUAGUAACCAAGUCCGUCCAUUGGGUAUAGCCUACGCCGAAUUCGAAUCGAGUGAGUUGCUAAAGAGAGCAAUUGAUCAAUUGAAUGGCAAAGAAUUUAAAGGCAGAGACCUAAAACUGAAACCGUAUGUCCCUUAUUCUCCAGAACAUGUCACAAGAAAGAUGAGCAAAUCGAAAACUUUAUGUAAAUUAAGACAUCUCAAAAAGCACUACAAAAUUGAACCCGCAGUAGAACCCGCAGCAGAGAUCACAACAGAGCCCAGUUGCGAGGAACCCGAUCCUUUAGUGCAGGAAGAAGUAGUUCAAGAGCUCAAUGCAGAAGUACACGAGUCCGCUGCUGAGAUUGAAGGACAAAAUAAUGAACCCGCUGAAGAGCCAGAAGCAGAAUUGUCGGAGGAUACUGUUUAUCUCGGUUAUUUACCAAAGGGCUGCACAGAUGUUGAAUUGCGUGAGCAUUUUAAAGAAUUUAAACCUCAAGAAAUAUGGAUCUUUAGAACAAGAUCUACGAAAUCAAGGCAUUUGAGAUUUAGACGUCAUUUCAUCGCGGCACUAGUCCGUUUGAAAACCCCGGAAAAGAUGAAUACUGUAAUAGAAAGAACAGACAGGAAAAAACUGAUGGGUAAAAAGCAGAUUGUUAAACCAGCCAUAACCAAAAAGAUCCAUGAAAUGAAAAGAAUGGCUGCUGAAAAGAAAAACAUGGAAGAGAGCAAUUGCGUUGUUUUUGAAGUGGAAGAUAUAAGAGAGCCAGGUGAACCAAGCGAACCAUCUGGAUCCAAUGCAUCCGAUGAAGCGAAUCAACCAGAAGGAAAUACUGAGCAAUCAGAAAUACAAGGGAGUAGUGAGGGCACUACCGCUCAUAUUGUACCUGAAAAGAAAGCGGAUGCCAUUCAUUCUUGA